UUAUUCCGUCGCCCGCGCUUCAGCAGAGUAGAUUGUUAUAAACAAGAAUCUUUGGUUUUUGUUUUUAUAAAUGCGACAUUAAAACAGACUAAUAUUUCAAAAUGAAGCUUACUUAUUUAUUUAUUACAACGGUAGUGUUUUACAUUGUAUUGUUGGAAACUGCGGACGCAUGGAGGGGGAAUUAUUAUUCGGUAAGACGGAGUAGAAAUGUACUUGAGAGAUACUGUGCAUGCUGGUACUAUUGGUGGGGAUGUUCAUACUGGAGAUAUUACUGGAGAACUCAUUACUAUUAUGAAUAUAUUUGUAGACCUGGAUAUACACAUAAUGGAGAUCGAAACUGUAACAUACCUGUAUGUCGUCCGACGUGCCAGAAUGGCGGAACUUGCACAAGUCCAAAUGUUUGCCAGUGUCCUUCAUGGUCUCAAGGAGUAGGAUGCGCUUCAUUGACAUGUUCUUAUAGAAAGCCUUGUUACCCUGGAAAUUGCACAAGUGGCACUGAUUGUACGUGUGAGCCUGGCUUCAUAAAACAAAGUCAAUCUGAUGGUUGUAUAGGAUUUGAUUCUACACGUGAAGAGCUUCGUCCAGUUGUCGGUAAGAGUAACGUAACAUUGUCUCAUAUCAGAAGAGUUGAUGGUAAAGUUGAUUUUAUGUUCAUAUUAGAGGGUCUGGAGGAGAAAGAGGCGGGGAAAAAAGAAAUUAUUUGGAGCAACCAGAAGCGAUUCAAUAAUCUCUAUUUCGAGUAUAUAACAUAUUUCACCCAGCCGGAAAACUUGCCAAAGAGACCAAUCUAUGUGUCUGAAACAGAAAUAGGAAUAGUAGAAAGCAUCAUAGAAGCAAACGUCAGCAAAGUCGCCAGAGAUGGAGGUAUAAUUAGAGAUGAGGGAUCAUUUAAAGUCUACAAAUGUGAGGGUGGUUUCUCAAAGAACAAUCCAGCAGCUGAGCUGGCCACAUGUAUAAUUGACGAUGAUCAGUUCAAGACACUCAUUGAACAUGGAGAUUGGUUGAACAUCAAGUUCAAGUCAUCAUCCGGGGGUUUCCAACAGUUGGUCAAUAUAGAUGAUCGGAGUAAUCCAUAUGCUCGGAAAUACUACAAAGGUCUGCAAGAUAUUCGAGAGGUACAGUUCAACUUCGACUUUGUUGCACCUAAACAUUGUCUAGAAACAAAGACAUGCAAUUCAGCAUCAGAUAUACUUCGUGUUGAAAAGGAAUUCACAAAGGACCCUAUAAAGAUUCUCUGGUCCGGAUGGAUUGACGAACUCUGUGGCGUUUGGGAAUAUUACGUAGAAGUGUUUAAACUAACACCAGAUCGAUAUGACAAACUUAUCGAAGCAGAACCUUUAAAGCCUGUAUUUACGAAAACCAUUACACACAAUAGAAACAUUGCCUUUCCUUCUUACAAGCCGGAAGAACCGGGCAUGUACAGUGUUCUGGUGGAAACUAGAGAUUUCGCAAAUAACUCAAGAAUAGCCAGAAGGCUUGUUUUAUUUGAUGACCAAUCGGACAUUAUCCUCAAUGAAAACCCUGACGGAAAACUGUACGUGAGUUCAGCUGUUAAUGAAACUGGAUAUAUGUGGCAGACUUCAAGUGAAGGAAAUGAUGUAACUAUCGAUGUAGCCUGGUCAAAUCAUUUUAUUAAUAGGUUAAUUGAAGACAAUAAGUUGCUUUAUCGCGUUGACUCAUAUCCAAUCCAAUUCAAGGAAAUUCAAGAUGAUGGCAUACUUUAUAGUCAAAAAUUCGUACAAGAUUCCUUAGACGACAACGAAGGAAAUCGAACACUUGACGCUAUUGAAAACUAUCACGGAAUCGUUAAAUUUGAAGUAGCAACUGUUCUAUCAAUAGAUGAUGAAGAACCAAAGUCAACAUGGAAAAAUUUGGAACCAUUUCAAGAGAAAACCUCAUUUCAGUUGAAGCUACAGGAGGGAAGCCGUGUUCGCGUGUGGGUCCGAGCGACAGAUGUAAUGGGAAAUAUAAAAACGGACAGUACUUUGGUAAGGUUUGAUAAUACAGAACCUACGAUAUCUUCUCGCGGGGAUGACCACAUGUUUGAACCGAACAUUGAAAGUACAAAAUAUAAUUUCUCUUCGAGGAUAAAGUUCCUUUCCUCUGACAAAGAGAGUGGCGUACAUAAAAUUGGAUUUUCUAUCAUAAUUAAAACUACAGGCAAGGAAGACAGGGUUAUUUAUGAAGGCUUUGCACCAGCAUCGAUUUCAAAUUCCACUGAUGACCCACUCUGCUUUGUGAUAGAAGGGAAGUGUUUUAAACCGUAUCAGAAUUUAUACCUGGAUAACUGCUGGUUCAUGGUCAGCAAGGGUGAUCUUGACAAUAGUAUAGCUUCUGUUGAAGUUAAUGCGUAUAACCAAGCCCUGCUAAAUAAAUCCGUGACGUUUGACAUCGGUCCUGUGAAAAAUCUUGAGGGACUCGAAAAAUAUAGCGGUCCUGAAAAUAUACGUAUAGAAUCUCCUACACCAAAUGGUUUCCGUGUCGCUUGGGAUCUUCCUGAGAAGACAUCCUGUUAUGGAUUGGCGGAAAUAGCAUUGGUUCUCCUUAGAAAGGAUGGGAGAGAGCCAAUAAAGACAUAUUAUACAUCUGGUUCAAGCAAAUAUUUUGAUAUCCUGGGUCUUGAUGCUGUCACAGAAUAUCAAAUUAAUUUCGGAAUGAAAAUGCCUCGAGCAUCUGCCCUUCAGCAAACGGACGUUUCAUUAAAUGUAAAAACAGAGGCACCUGUUGAAGCAGAAAGUGCUACCGGAUUAAUUAUAGGAGUCGUUGUUGGAAUGUUGGUUCUUCUGAUUGCCGCUAUUGUUGGUAUGCUCUUCCUCAUUAGAAAGGGAUACAUAAAUCCUGCCGAGAGGGCUCGUACUGUCCGGAGAGCCGUCACUCAGAGGGUAAGAAACACAACGAACAGAGGACCAGGGGGUUCAAGACAGGGUGGAUCUCGAAAAGUGGCUUAUGAUAACCAGGACAGUGAAUUGUAUAUUUAUGGUGGUAUGGAUGUGCAGAAACCACAGAUAUGGCACAUCAAUAGGAAUGAUGUAACGUUUGAAGCAUUGAUCAAAAGUGGAAACUUUGCUAACAUCUAUAAAGCUAGACUUAAAACCGGAAAAAGUGCCGGAGAAAUAGUUGUAGCAAAAACACUUAAAGAACGAUUUACACCUGAAGACGAGUUACUUAUGAAAGCUAAAAUCAAUUUCACUGGUGAAAAAGUUGGAAGCCAUCCAAAUGUUCUGAAGUUCAUUGGAGCUGUUGUACAUGACGAUGCAAUGGGACCAUUUAUUAUUUACGAGUUCUGUGAGAAUGGAACACUGAGAGAUUACUUAGCUGAACGAAAAAACAACGUUACCAUGGAGUUACAAGAAAAUCUUUUCCGAUUUGGUCUGGACAUUGCAAAAGGAAUGGAAUUUCUCGCUGGAAAAGGGAUUGUUCACCGCCGUCUCGCUGCUCGAAACAUUCUUCUGAAUUUCCUAAAUGAGGUGAAAAUUUCUGGGUUUGGACCACAACCUUCGGAAGAAGAUGGAGGGGACGCGGAGAAAGGGAAAAGGGAGCGUAUACCCGUUAAAUGGGUGGCACCAGAGUGUAUGGAAUCUACUCGUGAUGCAACAGAAAAAAGUGAUGUUUGGUCAUUUGCUGUAGUCUUGUGGGAAAUAUUCACUUUAGGGGAUACACCAUACCCAGGAAAAGGAACUGAUCUUCCUAAACGACUUAAGAAAGGAGAACGCUUGGCCAAACCGGAACAGUGUGACGACACAUGGUAUGCAGUCAUGAAGAAAUGUUGGUCAUAUGAACCGAGCAAAAGACCAAAGUUCAAGUCUGUUAGACAAGAACUGGACAAUCUGUUCGUAGCAGCACCUGGUGAUGACUACUACUUUUACAAGCGAUAAAUGAU